AUGACGGACAAGCGACUCUUCGUCUACAAGAACGAGGCUGGCUCCGAGGGCAAGGUUGUGUCGCUGAAGCCCACCGAUACGUUCGCCACGUUCAAGUCGACGACCGGGAAGAAGCUGAGCAUGCGAGCCAAGCGCAUCUUUCUCGCAUCGGGCGCUGAAAUCCAGUCCAUGGACGAGCUGCAGAACAACGACACCCUUUACGUCAGCGCCGGCGAGGCCUUUUACAAGAGCGUGCCCAUGUCCUCGGGGCAAGAGACCAUCCAGCUCUCUGUGCUGGGCAGCGGCGGCGUCGGCAAGUCGGCGCUCACGCUCCGUUUUGUGCGCGACUACUUUGUGCGGGACUGGGAUCCGACGAUCGAAGACGCGUACCGCAAGACGAUCGAGGUCCAAGGCCGCGUGAGCAUGCUCGAAAUCCUCGACACGGCCGGGCAAGACGACUUUGAGUCGCUCCGCGCGCAGUGGAUGAUGGACAAGGACGCAUAUGUGUUUGUGUACUCGAUGGACUCGCGCACAAGCCUCCACGAGCUGCAGCCGUCUUUGAGCUCCACAUGCAGAUCAACGAGAACAAGCGCCCGAUGCCACCGAUCCUUUUGGUCGCCAACAAGAAGGACGUCGUCGAGCAAGAUGCGGCCAAGUGUCAAGUGCCGACCGAAGAAGGCCGCCGGAUCGCCCAAGCGUACAACGCCACCUACGUCGAGACGAGUGCGCUCACGGGCGAGAACGUAUCUGCGGUGUUUGAUGCGCUCGUGGGCCUCGUCCGAAGGAAUCGCAUGGUCCGGCCGACGCGGAAGAAGUCACACAUGUGCGCGAUCCUGUAG